AAUCAUGGGUCGAGCCAUGUGGGGGCUUUGUUUGAUAUUUGCCCUAGCUCAUUACCAAUUUCAAGGUGCCCAUGGAGCAGAUUCUGUACCAGCUGGUCUUGGUAUCAAUUGGGGUGCAUUAGCAUCCCACCCUUUGAGUCCUGACAUUGUGGUAAAUUUGUUGAAGGACAAUGGCAUCAAGAAGGUAAAACUUUUCGAUGCAGAUUCUUGGGUCGUGAGUGCUUUCUCUGGCACAGACAUUGAAGUCAUGGUCGGAAUACCUAAUGAUCAAUUGAGUAAAUUUGCUGCAAGUAGCAGAGAUGCAGAACAUUGGGUCAAAGAAAAUGUCACCAUACAUAUUCACGGUCAUGAUCAUCGUGGGGGCGUCAACAUCAGAUACAUAUCUGUUGGAAAUGAACCAUUCAUGGAAGAUUACAACGGUAUGUACGUUAAAACCACAUUCCCAGCAAUGCAAAAUAUUCAAAAUGCCCUCGAUAAGGCUGGUCUUGGAGACAAAGUGAAGGUAACUACAGCUUUGAAUGCCGAUGUUUACAGCUCUCCUUCUGACAAGCCAUCAGAUGGAGAAUUUCGAAGUGACAUUCGUGAUGCCAUAAACCAAAUACUAAGUUUUCUUCACCAAAGGGACUCACCAUUUCUUGUCAACAUAUACCCUUUUCUUAGUCUCUUCCAGAAUGACAAUUUUCCUAAAGAGUUAGCAUUCUUUGAUGGACAAGGUCAAACAAUCCACGACAAAAAUGCACAAUAUACCAACGUGUUUGAUGCAAACUUUGACACCCUUGUUUGGUCAUUGAAAAAAGCUGGCUACCCUGACAUGAGAGUUGUGGUUGGUGAAAUAGGGUGGCCAACUGAUGGUAACAAAAAUGCUAACACCUAUAAUGCAAAGAGGUUCUACCACGGGUUGCUCAAGAAAAUGGCAAGCAAAAAGGGUACUCCACUUAGACCUGGAGCCAUGGACAUGUAUCUGUUUUCUCUUUUUGAUGAGGACUUGAAGAGUAUUGCACCUGGCAACUUUGAGCGUCACUGGGGGAUUUUUGGCUACGAUGGAAGGCCUAAGUUUCCCAUUGAUUUUUCUGGCCAGGGACAAGACCAAUGGCCUGUGGCAGCCAAAGGUGUUGUUUACCAAGAUCGUAAAUGGUGUGUCCUAAAUAGUGAUGUUAAGAACCUUAGCAAGGUGCCAAGUGCAUUGGACUAUGCUUGUGGUGGUGCUGAUUGUACAAGCUUAGGAUUUGGUUGUUCUUGUGAAAAUCUAGACCUGGCUGGCAAGGCUUCUUUUGCUUUCAAUCAGUAUUUUCAGACGAGGGAUCAAAGCGUUGAGGCUUGUAAUUUCGAUGGAUUGGCCACUAUUGUAACACAGGAUCCAUCAAGGGGAAGUUGCGUAUUCCCUGUGGAAAUAGAAAGCAAUGGUAACAUGGUUAGAGCUAUGCGUACGCUGGGAAGCCUUUUGAUUGGAUUCUCAUUGUUUUUCAUAACAUAUGCGUAA